AUGGCACCGGACAAAGCCCGCGUCCUCCUCGUCGGAUGUGGAGGCAUCGGCACGAUCGCCGCUCUCAACCUUGAAGCCGGAGGAUUAGCUCGAGUCACCGCUGUCCUCCGCUCCAACUUUGAUAUCGUGAACCGCAAUGGUUUCACUAUUCAUUCUUGCGAACACGGAGAUAAGGAAGGCUGGCGACCUACAGAGGUCGCAACAUCCUCAGUCGUGAAUACUGUCCCGGCCUCUGCAAACUCAGGCUCUGAUUGCUCAUUCGAUUACGUCGUUUGCUGUACCAAAAACGUUCCAGACGCCGGUCCGAGUCUCCCAGACAUCAUCGCUCCAGCCGUCACCCCAGGCCAGACGGUCAUCGUACUCAUCCAGAACGGUAUAAACAUCGAGCGACCCUUCUUGAGACGUUUCAAAAAGAACAUUGUAUUGUCUGGCGUAAGCCGCAUUGAUGCACACGAACAUUCUCCAGGCGUCAUCGAACAGAAGCAGCCCGACCUCCUCCACAUCGGCCCUUUCUUCAACGCCUACCGCGAAUGGCCAGAGCACGAAGAAGCCGCGAAAAGCUUCGUUAGAAUAUACAGCGCUGGAGGCAAGACAACGUGCCUCUACAAAGAAGAUGUCGGACUCGACCGGUGGAGCAAGCUCGUCUACAACGCAUCGUUUAACCCCAUCUGUGCUUUGACGAGGGUGAAUGCCAGUCAGCUGCAGACGUCGAGCGGGUCGAUGGACUCUUUGGUUAUCCCCGCCAUGAAAGAAGUGAUAAAAGUAGCCGCGGCUAUGGGCCAUGAUAUCCCGCCAAUUGCCAUUACGCAGGCUAUGCAGAUGAAUCCAAUUGAUGAGAAUAUCAAACCCAGUAUGCAGGUCGACUUCGACAAGGGAAAUAUGAUUGAGCACGAAAACAUUCUGGGGGAAGUUUGCCGAGUCGCAUAUCAGCGAGGCGUGGCAACACCCAUCUUGGAGGUGCUCUAUCAGCUCUGUUGUGCUCGUCAAUUCAGUGUCAAGAGGGACCACGGCUUAGCAUGAGCAUGAUACGAUCUUUGUGAUAUUCAAAGCUGUUUUGCAUCGUCACCAGAUUGAUGAAUGGUGUCAAUUUCAACAGCGUACUCUGAAGAAGCCGCAUUCUUGAAUGUAGAUGUGUGGCCGAAAUGUCCUACGAGAACUCGGUCAACGCCUGUGUGCCAACUACAGUGUGCUUUCUGAGACCAAGCCAUCUCAGAUGAUAGCCUUAUUGAAACGAUUUCAAUAAGGCUAUUGAUUCUUUACCCUUUGCCGCAUAUACAACAACAAUCUUCGUUGACCCAAAUUUCGAGG